AUGAGUUUUGCGCAGGAGAAAAUGCACCAAGAUGAGAAGCUUGAGCUGGCGAGUGGCGGUAGCGAGCAAUUGGAAGCGGGGUUUGGAGAAGACAGCCACCUAACGAAGACAUUAUUAUACAAGAUGGAUUGUCGUAUCCUACCCGUCCUUGCGCUGCUCUUCCUCUGCUCCUUCAUCGACCGUACCAAUGUCGGGAAUGCGAAGAUUUUGGGGCUGGAGAAGGAUAUAAAUAUCAAUGAUCACCAGUAUUCUAUUGGUCUUUGCGUGUUUUACGCUACGUAUAUUGCGAGUGAACUCCCAUCGAACCUGUUACUCAAGAAGGUGUCGCCGAAGAUCUGGUUACCGCUUUUGACGGCUGUCUGGGGUGUGUUGACAAUGUGUUUGGGUUUCGUCAGGAACUUUGCCGAAUUUGUUACCGUUCGCGCGUUGCUUGGUGUAGCUGAAGGUGGUUUGUUGCCGGGAAUGGUCCUCUACCUCUCCCACUUCUACCGCAGACAAGAACUCGCCCUCCGCAUCGGCAUUUUCUACACAGCCGCCUCUCUCUCCGGCGCCUUCGGUGGUCUCCUCGCCCGCGGUCUCAACGCCAUAGGACCCGCCGGAGGCCUCGAAGGUUGGCGUUGGAUCUUCAUCAUCGAAGGAAUAAUCACCGUCCUCGUCGGCGUCUGCUCCGCCCUCUUCCUCCCCAACUCCAUCGAAUCCGCACGAUUCCUCUCUUCCACAGAAAAAGAACAAGCCCGGCUCCGGCUCGGCGCCUCCACCACCCACGAGCGCUUCGCCUGGUCCGAGAUCAAACGCGGAGUCUUCAAUGUCCAAGUCUGGCUCACAGCCUCUGCCUACUUCGCCAUCCUCUCCGGCCUCUACUCCUUCGGCCUCUUCCUCCCCACAAUCGUAAACAACGGGUUCGCCAAAGAUCCUAACAAGGCUCAACUCUGGACUGUUAUCCCCUACGCCGUCGCCUCUGUCUUCACUGUCAUCGUCGCUUUGCUAUCUGAUCGCCUCGCCCUCCGUGGUCCCGUCAUGCUGUGUACACUCCCCGUUGCCAUCAUCGGGUACGGUGUCAUUAGCCAGUCUGCCAACCCCAAAGUUCAGUACGGAAUGACGUUUCUCAUGGCAACGGGCAUGUACGCCACUGUCCCGUGUAUUUUGUCCUGGAAUAGUAAUAAUAGCGCUGGUCAUUAUAAGCGCGCUACUACUUCUGCGCUGCAGCUUGCGAUUGCCAACGCGGGUGGCUUUGUAGCGAGUUUCAUCUAUCAGAAGAGUGAGAAGAAGGAUAACUUUCAUCGGAGUCAUAGGAUUAUUCUUGGCUUGCUUUGUGCGGCUUGGGUUUUGAUCGCGAUGAAUGUGGCGUGGGUGUGGAAAAUUAACAGGGAUAAGGCGAGGGGCAAGUACGCGGAGUUUGAGGGUAAGGGCGAUGAUAGGGACCCUGAGUUUAUUAUGGUUAUGUAAACGACUUUGACAUGAAUGCAAUGAAAGGCGUUUAACUGGCUUUCACUAACAA